AUAUCUUUUUACGCUAAAGCUGGGUUGAAAAAAUGAACGUUUUGUGUUUGCUAAUGGGGAGCCACGUGAUUUUGAAACUGGGGACUGAGUGAUGGCUUUGCUGAAUUUCAUCUAUAUAAAUUUCUGUAUUUCUUUGUCCGAUGGCCUCAAGAAUUGGCGGUAGGGCUCCCUCAGAACAGCAGCAAAAAACAGCUAGUAAUCAAACUGUAGAGACAAAAUCUCGCAGGCCCUCACCUUUACAGAUUUCAAAGACAAGCAAAUCAGAGCCGGCUACACCCAAAAAGUUACCAAGAUCUGUGCAACAAAAUCCAUUGAAGCAGGCCAAUGUAGAAAGUACAGAUAACCAAAAAACACAAUAUUUUCAACAGAAGGGUUCAGCCAAUUUGGGACCUGAUAAAUUAGAGUCAAAUGCCUCGUCGGAUAGUCUGAAGGGACUGCCAAAGAAGGCAAAUCUUGCUGUAAAUGACACUAGGGGCUCAAUUGAAGGGGUUGGGGAAGAAAAGAAAACAUCUGAGUACAGCAGUGUGAAGGAUAGCUCAGCUUCUGCCAAAGUUAGUGAUGGAACCAGCAGUCUCACCAAGACCAGUGGUAGUGCCAAAAUUAGCGAUCGUGCUGAUUUUGUUGAGAGUGGCAAGAGCAGUAUAUGCAGAGGAAGUACAAGCAGUGAUGUGAGUGAUGAGAGCAGCUGCAGCAGCUUAAGUAGCAGCAUCAGCAAGCCUCACAAAGCAAACGAUUCGAGAUGGGAAGCCAUACAGGCUGUAAGAGCCAAAGAUGGGGUGCUGGGUUUGAGCCAUUUCAGAUUGCUGAAGAGGUUGGGCUGCGGGGAUAUUGGGAGUGUCUAUUUGUCAGAGUUGAGUGGGACGAAGUCUUAUUUUGCAAUGAAGGUUAUGGACAAGACUUCUCUGGCAAGCCGUAAGAAGCUGCUUCGGGCUCAGACAGAAAGAGAGAUACUGCAGUCUUUGGAUCACCCAUUUCUCCCAACAUUGUAUACCCACUUUGAGACUGACAAGUUCUCAUGUUUAGUGAUGGAAUUUUGUCCUGGUGGAGACUUGCACACACUUAGGCAAAGACAGCUAGGGAAGCAUUUUUCCGAGCAGGCAGUGAAGUUUUAUGUAGCAGAGGUCCUCUUAGCUCUUGAGUACCUCCACAUGCUUGGGAUAGUCUACCGUGACCUCAAGCCAGAAAAUGUCCUUGUUAGAGAAGAUGGUCACAUAAUGCUCUCGGAUUUUGAUCUCUCUCUCCGAUGUUCUGUCAGCCCAACACUUGUGAAAUCUGCGUCAAUUGAAUCUGACCCCUUCCGGAAGAAUCCUGUGUACUGUGUCCAGCCAGCUUGCAUUCAACCCUCUUGCAUUCAACCUUCUUGUGUAGCCCCAACCACAUGCUUUUCGCCGCGCCUCUUUUCCAGCAAGUCAAAGAAGGAGCGGAAGCCUAAAAAUGAGAUCGGGAACCAAGUCAGUCCAUUGCCGGAGCUCAUCGCUGAGCCAACAGGGGCAAGGUCGAUGUCAUUUGUUGGGACCCAUGAGUACUUGGCUCCUGAAAUAAUCAAAGGUGAAGGUCAUGGGAGUGCUGUAGACUGGUGGACUUUUGGGAUCUUUCUAUAUGAGCUCUUGUUCGGUAAGACUCCCUUCAAAGGGUCGGGUAACCGGGCAACCCUUCUCAAUGUAGUGGGUCAGCCACUUCGGUUCCCGGAGUCACCAAUUGUCAGUUUCUCAGCAAGGGAUUUGAUAAGGGGCCUUCUCGUAAAGGAACCACAGCAUAGGUUGGCAUACAAGCGUGGGGCAACAGAAAUCAAGCAACACCCCUUCUUUGAAGGAGUAAAUUGGGCUUUGAUACGCUGUGCAAGCCCACCUGAGAUUCCUAAACCGGUAGAGAUUGAGAAGAUUCCGGCACCCACAGCAUCAACUAGCGAGAAGGUUGCUGCUGCAGAUCAGAAAAGCUCUGAUAAUUAUCUUGAAUUUGAUUUCUUUUAGUGAUUCAGUGGACUCAUGCAAUUCGUUUAUAAUCAAGGGAAGAUGUAGAGUUUUCUGAACAUUUCAGAGAUAGGUUGUGGUGGUGGUUCUUGACAGGGAAGGGGUUUGGGUGAGGAGGAGGUUCAUAUAUGGAUAGAUCAUAUGUUUGUUGUAUUGGGAACGAUACCAAAUUUGUAUUGCAAAAAUAGAAGUGUUAAAUCAUCUUCUUUUUUUAUUUUCUAUAUAAUUGUUGAAGAUUCAUGCUGGAGUUGGAAA